AUGGUUGCAGUCUUGCCUUUUGCGGGUAUUUUGACGGUGGUGUACGCACGGGCCGGCCCGACCUCGAGGGUUCACCGUGACGUUGGAACUACUCAAGGUGUGGUGCGAGGGUACCUCACCCCCGACCCGCCCCACUACGCCUUCCUCGGACUCCCCUACAGCCGGCCGCCCACACGUUACGACAGGUUUAAGGCACCGAAAUCACCACCACGGUGGGACGGUAUCUUCGAGGCGACGCACCGGGUCAAAUGUCCACAGCCUGACGGAGAAGGCGUGGAGAAUUGCCUCGUUCUCAACAUUUUCACUCGGGCACCGAAAUCACCACCACGGUGGGACGGUAUCUUCGAAGCGACGCACCGGGUCAAGCAGAGCAUGCAGAGACACUGCCAAGGACUGAGAUUAGAAGAUCCCGGAGAGAGCUUGGAGAUCUGUGGUACCUACAGAUCUCGACCUAGUUCAGACUCCAGGCUUGACAACGAAUGGGGUAAUUUCCAAGCGCCUGUGAGGCUUCUUCGGGAGGGCUUAUUAAUAGUAACCUUCAACUAUAGACUCGGUGCCCUCGGCUUUCUAUGUCUGGGCAUAACUGAAGCUCCUGGCAACGCCGGUCUUAAAGAUAUUGUAGCCGCUUUGUACUGGAUUCAUAAAAACAUAGCGAAUUUCGGCGGUAAUCCGCUAGAUAUCACAGUUUAUGGGUUUGGAUUUGGAGCGGCCGCUGUAGAGUUAGUUUUGUUAUCCGGAUUAAGUAAUGGGUUACUGCAUAAAGUGAUACUAGAGUCUGGGACUGCAUUAUCUCCUGUAUCUGUAAGUUAUGACUCUCUAACGAUUGCUGCCGAUGUAGCAACAAUGUUGGGAUAUAAGGGCAGAAAAGAUGCGAAAGAUCUAUCAAUGUUUUUUAGAACAGCUUCUGCUGUAGAACUUUUGAAGAUAAAUUUAAUAUUUUUACCGUGCAUUGAGAGUACAAAUAACAAUGCUUUCAUAGAUACGGACCUUAUGGAUAUUUUCAAGAAAAGAAAUUAUCAUAAAGUACCAAUGAUGCUAAUAUUCACAGAUGAAGUUAAAUUAACUAACGUAUCUAGAAACUAUUUUGAAUCUAUACCGGAAAACUUCGAACUUUUAUUGCCAAACAAUUUGGAAUUCAAAAGUGACGAAUUAAAACAUAAAAUUGGAGAGUUGGUGAAAGAUUUUUACUUUAGUGGAACAGAGAUAGGUGAUAGUAUAUUUCGAGUAUAUGAAGAGUAUUUUCGGGACAUCAUUAUGGAGUAUCCGGUUAUCAAAUCUGCUGCACUCCAUGCACAAGCUAGUUCUAAUCCAGUUUAUUUAAUGAAAUUUACAUACAAAUGUAACUCUCGGCAAUUAGACGAUGUGGAAACACGAGAUUAUAAAUUAAUAGACUAUCUUUUUAAUGGAAAUGAUGCUAGUGAUGUUACGCAUGAACUGGCACUAAGAAGAUUAGUCACUAUGUGGAGUAGCUUUAUUAAAAUAGGAGAUCCAACACCUCUAAUAACAAGUUUAAUACCAGUCGUGUGGCCACCAGUAACAGCAAGUGACUCCAUCAAAGGGGUGACAGGACUCAUAUUUGGGGACGUCUUAGCCAUAUCAGAUGUGACAACAGAACGGGUCAUAUUUUGGGACGAUAUCUAUAGAAGGUUUCUUAGGAAACACAAAAUUAAUGACACUAUGCCUUAG